AUGGUGUUACCGGUAUGAAGUCUUCAUUUUAGCAGAGUAUUGGGUGGCCCAGCACCUGCGGGUGCAGUUGAAGUUGGGCGCUCAAACCCAGGCAGGGGGAACAUGCACACACUACCUGCUGUCCCCUCAAACAGCAUUGGGGCCCUUAUAGAAAUAAAUGGGUGUCAGGAUUUGUAGUUAGUAAGGAUAACCAUAGAUGAAAUAUAGCUUCUCUCUUCUCAAAAGGCCUCUAGUGUGUGGGUCAUGGUAGCAUGGUGUGAAGAGAUUAUCUCAAAAAGUUGAAUGACACAGACAGAUGACCAGUUCUGAUUAGUCGUUUCCCUUUGUAUCUGGAUAUAAAUCGGUCUUGAGUGUUUUUUUUAGAGUUGUGUGGACUUUGGCUUACAGACGUAUUUUAAAAUAGAAGCUUUACUCAGUGGCCCAGACUGGUGUGUGAGCCAGCGCCAGAUUCUGUAUUCACAAGCAGACAGCAGCCUUUUAUAAAGCGGUUUCAGAAGCCGGCAAAGGAGGACUCAUAGAACCUUCUUUGACUGAGACUCCUAGACUGAACUGAAAGGUGUGUGUCGAGGGCAGGCUACAGAGGCAGUAGCUGGGGCUCACCUGUUGAAGCACUGUAGUUGGCUGGGGUGAGUUUCUGGGGCAGCUCAGGGAGACGGGCAGAGAUGGCAGACAGCAGCUGGUCCUGCCAUGGGGAGCAGUAGAACUUGGGGAUCACAGUGUUGUUGAACCUCUCACGAGGAACUUCUUUGAGGCACAGAGUAACCUUUGAGUGAGGGGCGAGGUGGAUCGUUAGAACAUCUGCUAGACAGCAGGCUGAGCUCCUCCGUCCUCACAUCCUUAGGAACGCCGAUCAUCUUCCCCAGGUCGAAGUGCUCUAAGACACAGAUGAGAACACAAAGGCAGAUACAGUAGAUAGUGUAGUCGUACAAUGCGCAUACAAUCCCAUACAUACUCGAGAGAUAAACACAGACUGAAGUAUCCAUAUCCUCCAGUCUUUUGACUUGAUUGUAGUGACUUCUUUACCUUGUGAACAAAGCCACUGCCCAAGCCGGAGCGAGGUUGUUUCCGACACGUAGACCUACAGCCCUCAAUCAAAGUUCCGUAUGUCUUCUGUGUUCCAUAGAAUAUGACUAAACGGCUCUGACAGUGCAUGACAGAAUUGCAGACACUAAUCAUGUAGCUAGCCUCUCACUGUUUGUAACAGCGUCUGAUACUGGUACAUAAAGUACUUUUUUCAGAUCAUCAAUGAGGAUGAUUACUUCAGGAAUGUUUUUGAUUGCUGGAGCUGUUUAGUCACUAAACCUGACACUAGGAGGACUCUGGGGCAUGCUGUUCUUUUUAUGAGGUCAUGAAUGUGGGAUUCACGACUUUGCCCAAUCCCGCUGCUAUGAUUCACCCCUUGCCUCGGCAGAAUGAUAUUCCUCCCCUGGAGUGACAUUACAUUACUGGGUCUUCACUCUCCUCUCUGUUUAUGACCCUCAAACACAGUUAAGAUGGAAUGGUGUUUACCCCAUUGAUAUUAGGAGAGAUGUAGACCCGCACACUGUCGAAGAAGUGGACAAAUCCAAAACUGAGGCUUAAAUACAAAAAUAGAGAUGAUUUAAUGGGACAUCAUGAUGCCCAAAAAGUGCAUUGUGCAGAAAAGUGCUAGCCUCGUACUACCACACAGAUCUCAAGAGAUUAUAUACCGUUAAAUAUGUUUCACUACACGGAGUCACUCAAAUUCUGUGUAGUGAAACAUAUUUAUAUAAGCUCACAAGGUCAGUGUGGUAAUACGAGGCUAGAAAAGUGCAUAAAUGGAAGGUGAAAAACUAAACAAACGUUUCAACAUAAAGCCAUCAGUGUAAAUCAUCUAUUUUUGCAGUUUAGCCUCAGUUUUGGAUUUGUCCACUUAUUUGACAGUGUGCAGGUCUCCAUCUCCUAGUAUUCUUAUUUUAAAACCUACACACCUGUAACAUACACUUUCAUAUAAGGACUUUAAAAGAACACAGCCACCCAUAAUCUCUAUGCCCAGUUUAUAUGAAAUAUAUUCACUUUUUUAAAUAAAAUCGGAUUUAACCUAAGGGAACCCAAAGAUGAUGGAAUUCUCCAAUGAAAUGUAAUGUGGCUUUCUUUUUCAGUAGCCGGUCAUGAUUCCCUCGGUGGAAUGUGGUGGUUGCCAUACCUCCUUGUGUCUCCAUGCACAGUUCCUGGCCCAGCUGUUUCCUCUGCUUGGCCAUGUCACAGUGUUGUGCUUGCAUCGUCCCUGUCAGUAGGAUUACACCCUGCGAUCAGAGAGUAUGGCAGGUAGAAACAGUCGCAGUAAGCGUGUGUUCUUAUGUUAUAGUUUUGCUACGACAUAACAAUACAGCAUAGCAGCAAGGACAAAUCCAGAGAUGUUACGAGUAAAUUGGUCACAGUGAAACCAGUCUGUUGAAAGUCACUUUAUAUGGAACAGGAGUUGUACAGUAGUUCAACAGUAAUAACAUGAGACUAACCAACAGAACACACCCUCGUCUCAAUGUCUUACCUGCUAUUAGAAUUCCAGAACUACCUCCAGAUAUCCACUAAUUCACUUCUGAUUGAUGGUGUAAGAAACUGUUUUCCAAAGACAGUGCAGUUUUCCGCUACUUUAUUUGAUUAAUUAUCAAAUAAAAUACAAUUUUAUUCGUCGCAUACACAUAUUUAGCAGAUGUUAUUGCAUGUGUAGCGAAAUGCUUGUGUUCCUAGCUCCAACAGUGCAGUAGUAUCUAACAAUUCACAACAAUACACACAUCUAAAAAGUUAAAGAAUGGAAUUAAGAAAUAUAUAAAUAUUAGGACGAGCAAUGUCGGAGUCCGGAAUGUAUGUAUGUACAGUGGGGAGAACAAGUAUUUGAUACACUGCCGACUUUGCAGGUUUUCCUACUUACAAAGCAUGUAGAGGUCUGUAAUUUUUAUCAUAGGUACACUUCAACUGUGAGAGACAGAAUCUAAAACAAAAAUCCAGAAAAUCACAUUGUAUGAUUUUUAAGUAAUUAAUUUGCAUUUUAUUGCAUGACAUAAGUAUUUGAUACAUCAGAAAAGCAGAACUUAAUAUUUGGUACAGAAACCUUUGUUUGCAAUUACAGAGAUCAUACGUUUCCUGUAGGUCUUGACCAGGUUUGCACACACUGCAGCAGGGAUUUUGGCCCACUCCUCCAUACAGACCUUCUCCAGAUGCUUCAGGUUUCGGGGCUGUCGCUGGGCAAUACGGACAUUCAGCUCCCUCCAAAGAUUUUCUAUUGGGUUCAGGUCUGGAGACUGGCUAGGACACUCCAGGACCUUGAGAUGCUUCUUACGGAGCCACUCCUUAGUUGCCCUGGCUGUGUGUUUCGGGUCGUUGUCAUGCUGGAAGACCCAGACACGACCCAUCUUCAAUGCUCUUACUGAGGGAAGGAGGUUGUUGGCCAAGAUCUCGCGAUAGAUGGCCCCAUCCAUCCUCCCCUCAAUACGGUGCAGUCGUCCUGUCCCCUUUGCAGAAAAGCAUCCCCAAAGAAUGAUGUUUUCACCUCCAUGCUUCACGGUUGGGAUGGGGUUCUUGGGGUUGUACUCAUCCUUCUUCUUCCUCCAAACACGGCGAGUGGAGUUUAGACCAAAAAGCUCUAUUUUUGUCUCAUCAGACCACAUGACCUUCUCCCAUUCCUCCUCUGGAUCAUCCAGAUGGUCAUUGGCAAACUUCAGACGGGCCUGGACAUGCGCUGGCUUGAGCAGGGGGACCUUGCGUGCGCUGCAGGAUUUUAAUCCAUGACGGCAUAGUGUGUUACUAAUGGUUUUCUUUGAGACUGUGGUCCCAGCUCUCUUCAGGUCAUUGACCAGGUCCUGCCAUGUAGUUCUGGGCUGAUCCCUCACCUUCCUCAUGAUCAUUGAUGCCCCACGAGGUGAGAUCUUGCAUGGAGCCCCAGACCGAGGGUGAUUGACCGUCAUCUUGAACUUCUUCCAUUUUCUAAUAAUUGCGCCAACAGUUGUUGCCUUCUCACCAAGCUGCUUGCCUAUUGUCCUGUAGCCCAUCCCAGCCUUGUGCAGGUCUACAAUUGUAUCCCUGAUUCCUUACACAGCUCUCUGGUCUUGGCCAUUGUGGAGAGGUUGGAGUCUGUUUGAUUGAGUGUGUGGACAGGUGUCUUUUAUACAGGUAACAAGUUCAAACAGUUGCAGUUAUUACAGGUAAUGAGUGGAGAACAGGAGGGCUUCUUAAAGAAAAACUAACAGGUCUGUGAGAGCCGGAAUUCUUACUGGUUGGUAGGUGAUCAAUACUUAUGUCAUGCAAUAAAAUGCAUAUUAAUUACUUAAAAAUCAUACAAUGUGAUUUUCUGGAUUUUUGUUUUAGAUUCCGUCUCUCACAGUUGAAGUGUACCUAUGAUAAAUUAAUCAGUCCCUGAUAAGAGGGGGUAAUGAAAAAAAGCAGUAGAACUGGCUUUGAGUUCCAGAUUUGAAUUUAAGGACCAUAGUCUAUAGAGAUGCAGAUACUUCUCUUUUAGUUGUUCGCUGAGCCCUCAUCGUGUGUGUGACAGGAAUAUACAUUUACUUACAAUGUAUUUGACACAGACCAUAGAGUAGUUUUUGUGAGUUUACCAUUCCUGGCACAGGGGUAAUGAUGACAGUCCCCCACUGUGGGGCAGCACUGACUUACUGUCUGACAACAAUGCAACGACAUCCACUGAGCUGCAGUUGAAGUCGGAAGUUUACAUACACUUAGGUUGGAGUCAUUAAAACUUGUUUUUCAACCACUCCACUCAUUUCUUGUUAACAAACUAUAGUUUUGGCAAGUCGGUUAGGACAUCUACUUUGUGCAUGACACAAGUCAUUUUUCCAACAAUUGUUUACAGACAGAUUAUUUCACUUAUAGUUACUGUAUCCCAAUUCCAGUGGGUCAGAAGUUUACAUACACUAAGUUGACUGUGCCUUUAAACAGCUUGGAAAAUUCCAGAAAAUGAUGUCAUGGCUUUAGAAGCUUCUGAUAGGCUAAUUUACAUAAUUUGAGUCAAUUGGAGGUGUACCUGUGGAUGUAUUUCAAGGCCUACCUUCAAACUCAAUGCCUCUUUGCUUGACAUCAUGGGAAAAUCAAAAUAAAUCAGUAGACCUCCACAAGUAUGGUUCAUCCUUGGGAGCAAUUUCCAAACGCCUGAAAGUACCACGUUCAUCUGUACAAACAAUAGUACGGAAGUAUAAACGCCAUGGGACCACGCAGCCGUCAUACCGCUCAGGAAGGAGACGCGUUCUGUCUCCUAGAGAUUAACGUACUUUGGUGCGAAAAGUGCAAAUCAAUCCCAGAACAACAGCAAAGGACCUUGUAAAGAUGCUGGAGGAAACAGGUACAAAAGUAUCUAUAUCCACAGUAAAACGAGUCCUAUAUCGUCAUAACCUGAAAGGCUGCUCAGCAAGGAAGAAGCCACUGCUCAAAAACCGCCAUAAAAAAGCCAGACUACGGUUUGCAACUGCACAUGGGGACAAAGAUUGUACUUUUUGGAGAAAUGUCCUUUGGUCUGAUGAAACAAAAAUAGAACUGUUUGGCCAUAAUGACCAUCGUUAUGUUUGGAGGAAAAGGGGGGAAGCUUGCAAGCCGAAGAACACCAUCCCAAUCGUGAAGCACGGGGGUGGCAGCAUCAUGCUGUGGGGUUGCUUUGCUGCAGGAGGGACUGAGGCACUUCACAAAAUAGAUGGCAUCAUGAGGAAGGAAAAUUAUGUGGAUAUAUUGAAGCAACAUCUCAAGACAUCAGUCAGGAAGUUAAAGCUUGGUCGCAAUUGGGUCUUCCAAAUGGACAAUGACCCCGAGCAUACUUCCAAAGUUAUGGCAAAAUGGCUUAAGGACAACAAAGUCAAGGUGUUGGAGUGGCCAUCACAAAGCCCUGACCUCAAUCCUAUAGAACAUUUGUGGGCAGAACUGAAAAAGCGUGUGCGAGCAAGGAGGCCUACAAACCUGACUCUGUUACACCAGCUCUGUCAGGAGGAAUGGGCCAAAAUUCACCCAAUUUAUUGUGGGAAGCUGUUGGAAGGCUACCCGAAAUGUUUGACCCAAGUUAAACAAUUUAAAGGCAAUGCUACCAAAUACUAAUUGAGUGUAUGUAAACUUCUGACCCACUGGGAAUGUGAUGAAAGAAAUAAAAGCUGAAAUAAAUCAUUCUCUCUACUAUUAUUCUGACAUUUCAUAUUCUUAAAAUAAAGUGGUGAGCCUAACUGACCUAAGACAUGGGAUUUUUACUAGGAUUAAAUGUCAGGAAUUGUGAAAAGCUGAGUUUAAAUGUAUUUGGCUAAGGUGUAUGUAAACAUCCGACUUCAACUGUAUAUAUGAGCAAUGACAACAAACAGUGGCAGGCGACGGAAUGGUGCUUGUCUAUAGGGGUAAUUUAUGGUACAAACAAAUCAUGCAUAUCACAUCAAGUAUGUGCAGAUUCUGCCAAUUCAAUAUUUAUUUUAUAUCACAGUCUCAAUUCACACAAUAAACAAAUAAUGUAUAAACAGUGACACUAUAAAUGUAACCUUUUUUUCUUAGUGUAUGAAUUUUGCCUUAUUCAUGUGCCUAAAACUAAAGAGAGAUGUUUUUGUGGGACUAUUUACACAUGAAAUGCUCUGUCCCUUGGAUUACUUGUGCUCUUCAAGAAUAGUUUUCUUCCAUAGACUAAAUCAAAUAAGUAUCAUUCCAGAGCAUUGGCAAUAACCGUUCAUGGGACUGGAAGUUAAGUGUUUUUUCUCUUGUUGAUUGUUUCUGUUGUGACCCCCUCCUUCAAUCCAUUUUCCUGUGGCUGGAUUUGAGAAGCCAGCAAGAUCUCAAAUGUUUUGGGGCAUCUUCAGAUAGAUAGCUUCAUCUAUAAAACCUGUCACCAUUGCAUUGGGUGUCAACAUAUGUACAGAGUUGUCAUGAAACACACAAAAGUAUGUGUUUAGAAAGCAGCAUGUUGUAUAUUCAGGGGUUAGUCAGCUUUCUUCCUAUUCACAAUGUUGUUGGAAAUCCAGUUCAUGCCAUCCUGUGAGAACAAAAAGAUCACAUAUACACAUUACAUUUUAAAAAUUACAAAGCAAUUACACCAUAUACCGGACGUAGAUGUACAGUACCAGUCAAAAGUUUGGACACACCUACUCAUUCAAGGGUUUUUCUUUAUUUUUACUAUUUUCUACAUUGUAGAAUAAUAGUGAAGACAUCAACACAUGUGGAAUCAUGUAGUAACCAAAAAAGUGUUAAACAAAUCAAAAUAUAUUUUAUAUUUGAGAUUCUUCAAAUAGCCACCCUUUGCAUUGAUGACAGCUUUGCACACUAUUGGCAUUCUCUCAACCAGCUUCACCUGGAAUGCUUUUCCAACAGUCUUGAAGGAGUUCCCAAAUAUGCUUAGCACUUGUUGGCUGCUUUUCCUUCACUCUGUGGUCCAACUCAUCCCAAACCAUCUCAAUUGGGUUGAGGUCGGGGGAUUGUGGAGGCCAGGUCAUCUGAUACACCACUCCAUCACUCUCCUUGGUAAAAUAGCCCUUACACAGCCUGGAGGUGUGUGGGGUCACUGUCCUGUUGAAAAACAAAUGAUAGUCCCACUAAGACCAAACCAGAUGGGAUGGCGUAUCGCUGCAGAAUGCUGUGGUAGCCAUGCUGGUUAAGUGUGCCUUGAAUUCUAAAUAAAUCACAGAUAGUGUCGCCAGCAAAGCACCCCCACACCAUAACACCUCCUCCUCCAUGCUUUACGGUGGGAACUACACAUGCGGAGAUAAUCCGUUCACCCACACCGCGUCUCACAAAGACACGGCUGAUGGAACCAAAAAUCUCCAAUUUGGACAAAUUUCCACCGGUCUAAUGUCUAUUGCUUGUGUUUCUUGGCCCAAGCAGUUCUCUUCUUCUCAUUGGUGUCAUUUAGCAGUGGUUUCUUUGCAGCAAUCCGACCGUGAAGGCCUGAUUCACACAGUCCCCUCUAAACAGUUGAUGUUGAGAUGUGUCUGUGACUUGAGCUCUGUGAAGCAUUUAUUUGGGCUGCAAUUUCUGAGGCUGGUAACUCUAAUGAACUUAUCCUCUGCAGCAGAGGUAACUCUGGGUCUUCCAUUCCUAUGGCGGUCCUCAUGAGAGCCAGUUUCAUCAUAGCGCUUGAUGGUUUUUGCAACUGCACUUGAAGAAACUUUAAAAGUUAUUGAAAUGUUCUAUAUUGACUGACCUUCAUGUAUUAAAGUAAUGAUGGACUAUCAUUUCUCUUUGGUUAUUUGAGCUGUUCUUGCCAUAAUAUGGAUUUGGUCUUUUACCAAAUAGGGCUAUCUUCUGUAUACCACCCCUACCUUGUAACAACACAACUGAUUGGCUCAAACACAUUAAGAAGGAAAGAAAUUCCACAAAUUAACUUUUAAGAUGGCACAUCUGUUAAUUGAAAUGCAUUCCAGGUGACUACCUCAUGAAGCUGGUUUAGAGAAUGCCAAGAGAGUGCAAAGCUGUCAUCAAGGCAAAGGGUGGCUAUUUGAAGAAUUUGAAAUAUAAAAUAUAUUAUGAUUUGUUUAUCACUUUUUUGGUUACUACAUGAUUCCAUAUGUGUUAUUUCAUAGUUUUGAUGUCUUCACUAUUAUUCUACAAUGUAAGAAAUAGUAAAAAUAGAGAAAAACCCUGAAUGAGUAGGUGUGUCCAAACACUUGACUGGUAGUGUAUACUGUAGCUACAGUGUUACGUAUUUCAUGGGACACAUAGUAAGGCGUUAUGUUGGGGUCUGACCUCCUGACCUGAUCCUCCAGGACAGUACUCAGGUGCAGAUGCUAAUCUGGAGCUUUACACAGCAUUCAUGUGGUGUCACGACAAUGAGGCAAAACAUUUGUCUGCCCGCCAAUAGUUUGUUUUAGCUCUUAAUUUUCACCGCUAAUGAGAUGUUGUCCUACUGGAAACUGUAGUGACAUAAUCUGCUGCACACUAUGUGAAACCCAGUUAAAGGUUCUGGAAAGAUCCUACUAAUGACAUGGUGGCUAACAGAGAAUAACUUAUUCUCCUGUGGGCUCCAAUUAUUUUACUACAUGAACAGAGUGAGAAGAGGACCUUUUCUGCAGUGCGCACAGCACUCCCCCUCAUGUACUACAUGAGGAGGAACAGAACAUGAACACCAACUGAGUCCACUGAAUUGGCACUCGAUGAUGCCUUUAAUACGUCUUGUAAGUCCCAGAGGAUUGUACAGUACCGUUGUUAUUUUAUAUUGUGAUAUGGUGUCCCUCUAACUUCAUUAAACGCUGAAUGUGACAUUAUCUGUCCUAUUUUCAGAGAUGUUGUGGCCUACCUGAACUCCCUCUCCAGAGAAAGCUGAGCAGGCCUGGAUCUGCCACUCCCGGUCGCGUAAUGUGUGAAGGUUCAGGCCCUCUGCAAUCUCGCUGGCAGGCGAGGCCGUGGACAGGUCCUGCUUGUUGGCAAAGAUGAGCACGGGAACCCCCUUCAGGUUCUCCUCAUCGAUCAGCUCUGACAGUUCCUGAGGGGUCAGCAGUGUUAUUCCAGAGAGGAGCAUAGUAUGUGGACUACAUCUUUGUGUUGUCAGCAAUUACAGGUUUGCAUAUCCACUAUUAUAAUACAAGGCUAACUGUUAAAAAACUUGGAAUAGAGUAUGACUACUAUUUCAGUUGGCCUUACCAGUCCAGUUUCUUCAAACCGCUUCUUGUCUGUACUGUCUAUGACAUAUAUCUGGAGGAAAGAGGAAAUAGGAGGGAUAUUUCUCAUCUUGUCACACAUACAGUGAGGGAAAAAAGUAUUUGAUCCCCUGCUGAUUUUGUACGUUUGCCCACUGACAAAGACAUGAUCAAUCUAUCGUUUUAAUGGUAGGUUUAUUUGAACAGUGAGAGACAGAAUAACAACAAAAGAAUCCAGAAAAAUGCAUGUCAAAAACGUGAUUGAUUUGCAUUUUAAUGAGGGAAAUAAGUAUUUGACCCCUCUGCAAAACAUGACUUAGUACUUGGUGGCAAAACCCUUGUUGGCAAUCACAGAGGUCAGACGUUUCUUGUAGUUGGCCACCAGGUUUGCAUACAUCUCAGGAGGGAUUUUGUCCCACUCCUCUUUGCAGAUCUUCUCCAAGUCAUUAAGGUUUCGAGACUGACGUUUGGCAACUCAAACCCUCAGCUCCCUCCACAGAUUUUCUAUGGGAUUAAGGUCUGGAGACUGGCUAGGCCACUCCAGGACCUUAAUGUGCUUCUUCUUGAGCCACUCCUUUGUUGCCUUGGCUGUGUGUUUUGGGUCAUUAUCAUGCUGGAAUACCCAUCCAUGACCCAUUUUCAAUGCCCUGGCUGAGGGAAGGAGGUUCUCACCCAAGAUUUGACGGUACAUGGCCCCGUCCAUCGUCCCUUUGAUGCGGUGAAGUUGUCCUGUCCCCUUAGCAGAAAAACACCCCCAAAGCAUAAUGUUUCCACCUCCAUGUUUGACGGUGGGGAUGGUGUUCUUGGGGUCAUAGGCAGCAUUCCUCCUCCUCCAAACACGGCGAGUUGAGUUGAUGCCAAAGAACUCGAUUUUGGUCUCAUCUGACCACAACACUUUCACCCAGUUCUCCUCUGAAUCAUUCAGAUGUUCAUUGGCAAACUUCAGACGGGCCUGUAUAUGUGCUUUCUUGAGCAGGGGGACCUUGCGGGCGCUGCAGGAUUUCAGUCCUUCACGGCGUAGUGUGUUACCAAUUGUUUUCUUGGUGACUAUGGUCCCAGCUGCCUUGAGAUCAUUGACAAGAUCCUCCCGUGUAGUUCUGGGCUGAUUCCUCACCGUUCUCAUGAUCAUUGCAACUCCACGAGGUGAGAUCUUGCAUGGUGCCCCAGGCCGAGGAAGAUUGACAGUUCUUUUGUGUUUCUUCCAUUUGCGAAUAAUCGCACCAACUGUUGUCACCUUCUCACCAAGCUGCUUGGCGAUGGUCUUGUAGCCCAUUCCAGCCUUGUGUAGGUCUACAAUCUUGUCCCUGACAUCCUUGGAGAGCUCUUUGGUCUUGGCCAUGGUGGAGAGUUUGGAAUCUGAUUGAUUGAUUGCUUCUGUGGACAGGUGUCUUUUAUACAGGUAACAAGAUGAGAUUAGCAGCACUCCCUUUAAGAGUGUGCUCCUAAUCUCAGCUCGUUACCUGUACAAAAGACACCUGGGAGCCAGAAAUCUUUCUGAUUGAGAGGGGGUCAAAUACUUAUUUCCCUCAUUAAAAUGCAAAUCAAUUUAUAACAUUUUUGACAUGUGUUUUUCUGGAUUUUGUUGUUAUUCUGUCUCUCACUGUUCAAAUAAACCUACCAUUAAAAUUAUACACUGAUCAUUUCUCUGUCAGUGGGCAAAUGUACAAAAUCAGCAGGGGAUCAAAUACUUUUUUCCCUCACUGUAUAAGACUGAUUCUCUAUUCGGUAUCUAACUUUUAUUGAUAUUCAAGAUUCUGAAGUAAACUAAUGUCCAGUGUUUUCUCUAAGCAAUGAAACAGACUGUGGUCUAAACCUAACUGUAGUAAAUGGCUUCUAUUUUACUCUCUGAAGCAUAUUACAGAUACAGUGCCUUCAGAAACUAUUCAUACCCCUUGACAUAUUCCACAUUUUUUGUGUUACAGCCUGAAUUUAAAAUGGAUUAAAUUGAUUUAUUUUCUCACCCAUUUACACACAAUACCCCAUAAUGACAAAGUGAAAACAUGUUUUUAGACUUUUUUUUAGACAUUGAAAAUUAAAUACAGAAAUAUUACACCCCUGAGUCAAUACAUGUUAGACUCACUUUAGGCAGCAAUUACAGCAGUGAGGCUUUCUGCUAAGUCUCUAAGAGCUUUGCACACCUGGAUUAUACAAUAUUUGCACAUUAUAAUUAGUUUACAGUAACAGUGAAACGUUUGGACACACCUACUCAUUCAAGGGUUUUUCUUUAUUUUUACUAUUUUCUACAUUGUAGAAUAAUAAUGAAGACAUCAAAACUACGAAAUAACACAUAUGGAAUCAUGUAGUAACCCAAAAAGUGUUAAACAAAUCAAAAUAUAUUUUAUAUUUGAGAUUCUUCAAAUAGCCAUCCUUUGCCUUGAUGACAGCUUUGCACACUCUUGGAAUUCUCUGAACCAGCUUCACCUGGAAUGCUUUUCCAACAGUCUUGAAGGAGUUCCCACAUAUGCUUAGCACUUGUUGGCUGCGUUUCCUUCACUCUGCCGUCUGACUCAUCCCAAACCAUCUCAAUUGGGUUGAGGUCGGGGGAUUGUGGAGGCCAGGUCAUCUGAUGCAGCACUCCAUCACUCUCCUUCUUGGUAAAAUAGCCUUACACAGCCUGGAGGUGUGUUGGGUCAUUGUCCUGUUGAAAAACAAAUGAUAGUCCCACUAAUCCCAAACCAGAUGGGAUGGCGUAUCGCUGCAGAAUGCUGUGGUAGCCAUGCUGGUUAAGUGUGCCUUGAAGACAGUGUCGCCAGCAAAGCACCCCUACACCAUAACACCUCCUCCUCCAUGCUUUACGGUGGGAAAUACAAAUGCGGAGAUCAUCCGUUCCUCCACACCGCGUCUCACAAAGACACGGCGGUUGGAACCAAAAACCUCCAAUUUGGACACCAAAUCCAUUGCUCGUGUUUCUUGGCCCAAGCAGGUCUCUUCUUUAGUAGUGGUUUCUUUGCAGAAAUUCGACCAUGAAGGCCUGAUUCACACAGUCCCCUCUGAACAGUUGAUGUUGAGAUGUGUCUGUGACUUGAACUCUGUGAAGCAUUUAUUUGGGCUGCAAUUUCUGAGGCUGGUAGCGCUAAUGAACGUAUCCUCUGCAGCAGAUGUAACUCUGGGUCUUCCAUUCCUAUGCCAGUUUCAUCAUAGUUUUUGAAAUAUUCCGUAUUGACUGACCUUCAUGCCUUAAAGUAAUGAUGGACUGUCGUUUCUCUUUGCUUGUUUGAGCUGUUCUUGCCAUAAUAUGGACUUGGUCUUUUACCAAAUAGGGCUAUCUUCUGUAUACCCCCUAUCUUGAUUGGCUCAAAUGUAUUAAGAAGGAAAGAAAUUCCACAAAUUAACUUUUAAGAAGGCACACCUGUGAGUUGAAAUGCAUUCCAGGUGACUACCUCAUGAAGCUGGUUGAGAGAAUGCCAAGAGUGUGCAAAGCUGUCAUCAAGGCAAAGGAUGGCAAUUUGAAGAAUCUCAAAUAUAAAAUAUAUGUUUAUUUGUUUAACACUUUUUUGGUUACUACAUGAUUCCAUAUGUGUUCUUUCAUAGUUUUUGAUGUAUUCACUAUUAUUCUACAAUGUAAAUUUUUUUUUUUAUAAUGAAAAACCAUUGAAUGAGUAGGUGUGUCCAAAACUUUGACUGGUAUUGUAAUUCCUCAAGCUCUGUCAAAUAGGUUGUUGAUCUUUGCUAGACUGCCAUUUUCAAGUCUUGCCAUAAAAUUUCAUUCCGAUUGAAGUCAAAACUGUAACUAGGCCACUCUGGAAUAUUCAAUGUCUUCUUGGUAAAUAACUCCAGUGUAUAUUUGUCCUUGUGUUUUAGGUUAUUGUCCGAAAGGUGAAUUUGUCUCCCAUUGUCUGUUGGAAAGCAGACUGAACCAGGUUCUCCUUUAGGACUUUACCUGUACUUAGCUAUAUUUUGUUUAUUUUUAUCCAAAGAAACUCCCUAGUUCUUGCCGAUGACAAGCAUGCCCAAAACAUGAUGCAGCCACCACCAUGCUUGAAAAUAUAAAGAGUGGUACUCAGUGAUGUGUUGUGUUGGAUUUGCCCCGAACAUAACGCUUUGUAUUCAGGACAUAAAGUUAAUUCCUUUGCCACAUUUUUUGCAGUUUUACUUUAGGGCCUUAUUGGAAACAGGAUGAAUGUUUAUGAACAUUUGUUAUUUUGUACAAGCUUCCUUCUUUUCACUCUGUCAUUUAGGUUAGUAGUCGCAGUUGUAAAUGAGAACUUGUUCUCAACUGGCUUACCUGGUUAAAUAAAGGUGAAAUAAAAAAUAAAUAAAAUAAAAAGUGAUGAGUAACUACAAUGUUGUUGAUCCAUCCUCAGUUUUCUCAUACCACAACCAUUAAAUUAUUUAACUGUUUUAAAAUCACCAUUGGCCUCAAUGUGAAAUCCCUGAGCGGUUUCCUUUCUCUCUGGCAACGGAGUUAGGAAGGACGCCUGUAUCUUUGUAGUGACUGGGUGUAUUGAUACAUCAUCCAAAGUGUAAUUAAUAACUUCACCAUGCUCAAAGGGAUAUUCAAUGUCUGCUUUUUUUGUUUUUACCCUUUUACCAAUAGGUGCCCUUCUUUGCAAGGCAUUGGAAAAUCUCCCUGGUCUUUGUGGUUGAAUCUGUGUUUGAAAUUCCGCAGAGGCUGCCUCUCCUCCUUGUUCGGGCAGGUUUCGGCGUUCGUCGUCACCGGCUUACUAGCUGCUGCCGAUCCAUUUAUCAUCACUCCACUUGUCUUGUCUAAUUAAUCACACACACCUGGUCCUUAUCCCCAAUUAGUCAAUGUAUAAGUGUUCCCUCUGCUUCCUUGUCUGUGUGGGUGAUUGUUUGUAGUGAGCUGUGUGUAGCUCGGUUGAGCUACCCUUACCUUGUUGUUGCCAGGGUAGAUAUUUCCCCUGUGCCUGAGUUUUGUUGUCACAUGCUUGCGCAACUGUUUAUCGACGGAAUAAACUCUUUGGAUGCGUAUUACUCUCAUGCGCCUGACUCCUUCUAUCACACGCAUCACAGAGGGACCUUAGAGAUAAUGUAAAAAUCAUGUUAAAAACAAUAUUAUUGCACACAGCGAAUCCAUGCAACUUAUUAUGUGAUUUGUUAAGCACAUUUUUACUCCUGAACUUGUUUAGGCUUGCCAUAACAAAGGAGUUGAAUACUUAUUGACUCAAGACAUUUCAGCUUUUCAUUUUUAAUUAAUUUGUAAAAAUGUCUCAAAACAUAAUUUCACUUUGACAUUAUGGGGUAUUGUGUGUAGACCAGUGACACAAAUCCUCAAUUGAAUCAAUUUUAAAGUCAGGCUGUAACACAACAAAAUGUGGAACAAUUCAAGGGGUGUGAAUAGUUUCUGAAGCCGCUGUAUAAUAGGACAAAGUGAGAGAUCAUUUACACACCAACAAAUCUGUGUUUUCCAAAUAUUUCUUCCAGAAGGGCCGAAUCUUCCUCUGUCCUCCGAUGUCCCACACGUUCAGUUUCAUUCCGUGAGACGUGAGACUCUUAAUGUUGAAGCCCUUUGGGAUCAAUGGAGGCGCAGAAUUCGGAGGUAACACAGUUUAACAGAACACAGCCUUAAUAUUGUACUAGUGUCUCUAAAUAAGCAUUUGUUUGUAACAUUCUGACAUUACAAGACAGACAUGUACAAUGAUAAUAAACCUUGACCCUCUAUUUUUAGCUAGGCCUUACACAAUGUGUGUCGCACCCUCUCUGCCUUUAUGGUUAAGUCAUCUUCAACCCCCGGAUUAAAGUCACAGCCUAGUCUCUAUUCUUAGUCUAGCUAAAUGUACUAUUGUCAAUGUGCUAUUUUGUGCAAAGUCUGCAUAAACCGACUGCUUAAACAAGCACUGUCUUUUAUUGCCUUCGAACAUAUGAAAAACCAACCAAAUCAUUCAACACUACUAUGAUGAACUUGAAUGGACAACGUGUCGAUAUUUGAUGACACUACUUGUUUACUUCCAGAGCUCUUGGCCAGAGGGAUAUACUGUAAAGCAGGAUCAUUGAGUUAGCCAUGUGUUUUUGGUUGUUGAGUCAAUUAGACCAUACCCAUUUCAAGCUAAUCUUUCUAAAAAAAUGUCAAGUUAUUUCAGAAUAUUUAGGGAAGUUAGCUGGCUAACUCAUUGAUCCUGCUUUGCAGUAUAACCCUCUGGAGUGACCUGACCCUUGUAAAGUCAUCGGUACAGCCAGAAGAGGCCUGGCCAGUGGCCAUACCUCGGAGCCUAGUUUCUCUCUAGGUUUCUUCCAAGGUUCCUGCGUUCUAGGGAGUUUUUCCUAGCCACUGUGCAUCUGCCUCUGCAUUGGGUUUUAGGCUGGGUAUUUGUAAAGAACUUUAUGACAACUGCUUCUGCAAAAAUGACUUCAUAAAAUACAUUUGAUUUAUUGAUCUGGGAUCAGGCCAUCUACAGUGCCUUGCAAAAGUGGUGUUUUUCCUAUUUUGUUGCGUUACAACCUGUAAUUUAAAUGGAUUUUUAUUUGGAUUUCAUGUAAUGGACAUACACAAAAUAGUCCAAAUUGGUGAAGUGAAAUGAAAAAAAUAACUUGUUUCAAAAAAUUCGAAGAAAUAAAAAAUGGAAAAUAUUAUGCGCGCAUAUGUAUUUACCCCAUUUGCUAUGAAGCCCCUAAAUAAGAUAUGGUGCAACUAAUUAACUUCAGAAGUCACAUAAUUAGAUAAAUAAAGUCCACCUGUGUGCAAUCUAAGUGUCACAUGAUCUGUCACAUGAUCUCAGUAUAUAUACACCUGUUCUGAAAGGCCCCAGAGUCUGCAAACUGGAGCAGUUUUGCCUUGAAGAAUGGGCAAAAAUCCCAGUGGCUAGAUGUGCCAAGCUUAUAGAGAUGUACCCCAAGAGACUUGCAGCUGUAAUUGCUGCAAAAGGUGGCUCUACAAAGUAUUGACUUUGGGGGGGUGAAGAGUGAUGCAUGCUGAAGUUUUCAUUUUUUUGGUCUUAUUUCUUGUUUAUAAAAAAAUAAAAAUAUAUUGCAUCUUAAAAGUGGAAAAAUGCCAAGGGGGGUGAAUACUUUCGCAAGCCACUGUAUCUCCCUUUCCAUGUCUGACUCAUGCCAUCUAUUUCCCUUUCCAUGUCUGACAUGAAGUGUGACAAUCCUUUGCAUCUAUUUUAACUGCUAUUAGGGAUGAGUGGCUUUACUUGCUACCAAUGGUGCCAUUAGCUGAGGUUAAUAUGCAAUUGUUUUCUCACCCAUGUCACCCAUUUAGAGAUCCAAGAAUGAUUAUAGUUUGGUAGAAGACAUUGAUAUGAUCAAAGAUCAGAUUUUGAAACAGCAGGUUAAAAAAACAUCUGACAUCCGGCUACCAUUGAGUAAGUGCCAUUCCGUGGAAGCCUUCGGCAACAACCUGAGGAAGGAAGUGUAAUAUCCUGCCAUGGAGGCGGGUCACAGAGUUGUCAUUACAAAACUGCAGUGGCCUGCUUAUGUAAGUUCAGAGCAUGCCAGGAUUGGAUCUGACCUGUGUAGGAGUAAUGGUGUUGACAUCCUCGGAUGAAAGCUGUUUUAGCAGCGUUGUUUUGCCAGCGUUGUCUAGACCCAGAAGGACUAUCCGAAGUUCCUGUUCUGUGGUUCCUUUUAAUUUCUGUAGGACUGAGAAAAACCCCUAAGAAAAACAAGAAAGAAGAGGAUAUUACAAACAGACACAGAAAAAAAGCAAUUAUGAAGCUUGUAAGGGACUACAAUGCAUUUUAUUAGCUGAGAUUGUGUCAAAUCGUCAGUUAGUUUGUUAUUGAAAAGGGAAAACAGUCUGUCUCUGAAUAACCCAAGAUGUUCAUUUCCAUCAAACUCAAAGAUCGGCAGCAGAAGGUAGCGGGAUUACCUUUUGAACUUCUCCCAUGUUGAAUGAUGUGCUUCAGAAAGCAGGAAAAAGGACAGGUAAGAGGCAAAGCCUCAUUCUAUGGUGAAUCUUCAGUGUUGUCCAGGUACCCAGUAAAUAGGCCUAAAGGAAUCUCCUCGGUACCCCUUACGUCUGUUUGAAGCGUCCAGAACCAGGGUGGAAUCGUCUCCUGCUUGGCCUACCUCAGCAGCUCUCGCUCAGGAGGAGGAGCAGGUGGGGGCCAGGGAAGGAUUACCAGGCCACAAUUAGCCCUCCCUGUUGUGCACACCUUUCCCCCAACCCCAUUGGCCCCCACCCCUCCCUUGUCCUUCCUGUCCCUCCCUCCAUGCAUUAAAUAAUUUACCUGGAUUAUCCUCCCCACCACCUGCCACACAGGAAGCCCAGGGCUCUUCAUCAGUGCUGGAAGAAGGGAAAAUAUCUGCCUUCUGCUGCUUUUCUCUGGUCUCUGCCCACUAUCCUCCAACCCCUCAUCCUUCUCCCUCCUCUGUGUUCCUCCAAAAUAUUGUUUUGGUGUUUUCCUUACAAAUCAUUUACAUUUCUUACCAACAAUACAGAGAGAAAAAUAGACAAAUGAUAGAAAAUUAAUACAAGGAAUAAAUACACAAUGAGUAAUGAUAACUUGGCUAUAUACACGGGGUACCAGUUUUAUGGCUUGGGAGUAUAAUCUGUUCAAGGUCCUGUUGUUCCAGACGUGGUGCACCGCUUGCCGUGCGGUAGCAGAGAGAACAGUCUAUGACUUGGGUGGCUGGAGUCUUUGAACAUAUGUAGGGCCACCCGGUAUAGAGGUCCUGGAUGGCAGGACCGUACGCACUACCCUCUGUAGCGCCUUGCGGUCGGAUAUCAAGCAGUUGCCAUACCAAGCGGUGAUGGAGCCAGUCAAGAUGCUCUCAAUGGUGCAGUUGUAGAACUUUUUGAGGAUCUGAGGGCCCAUGCCAAAUAUUUCCAGCCUCCUGAGUGGGAAGAGGCGAUGUCAUGCUUUCUUCAUGACUGUGUUGGUGUGUGUGGACCAUAUGUUCAUUCCUUAGCGAUAUGGACACUGAGGAACUUGAAGCUCUCGACCCGCUCCACUACAGCCCCGUCGAUGUGGAUGGGGGCGUGCUCGGCCCUCCAUUUCCUGUAGUCCACAAUCAGCUCCUUUGUCUUACUGACAUUCAGGCAAAGGUUGUUGUCCUGGCACAACACUGUCAGGUCACUGACCUCCUCCCUAUAGGCUGUCUCAUCGUCGUCGGUGAUCAGGCCUACCAUAGCAAUGUGGUCAGCAAACUUAAUGAUGGUGUUGGAGUCGUGCACGGCCACGCAGUCGUGGGUGAACAGGGAGUAUAGGAGGGGACUAAGGACACACCCCUGAGGGGCCCCCAUGUUGAGGAUCAGCGUGGCGGAUGUGUUGUUGCCUACCCUUACCACCUGGGGGCGGCCUGUCAGGAAGUCCAGGAUCCAGUUGCAGAGGGAGGUGUUCAGUCCCAGAGUCCUGAGCUUAGUGAUGAGCUUGGAGGGCACUAUGGUGUUGAACGCUGAGCUGUAGUCAAUGAACAACAUUCUUACAUAGGUGUUCCUCUUAUCCAGGUGGGAGAGGGCAGUGUGGAGUGCAAUAGAGAUUGCGUCAUCUAUAGAUCUUUUGGGGUGGUAUGCAAAUUGGAGUGGGUCCAGGGUGUCCGGGAUGAUGGUGUUGAUGUGAGCCAUGACCAUCCUUUCAAAGCAUUUCAUGGCUACAGAUGUGAGUGUUACGGGGCGAUAGUCAUUUAGACAGGUUACCUUGGCGUUCUUGGGCACAAGGACUAUAGUGGUCUGCUUGAAACAUGUAGGUAUUACAGACUGGGUUAGGGAGAGGUUGAAAAUGUCAGUGAAGACACUUGCCUGUUGGUUCUCGCAUGCUCUGAGUACGCAUCCUGGUAAUCCAUCUGGCCCCGUGGCCAUUUGAAUGUUAACCUGUUUAAAGAUCUUACUCACAUCGGUUAUGGAGAGCGAGAUCACACAGUCGUCCGGACCACCUGGGGCUCUCAUGCAUAUUUCAGUGUUGCUUGCCUUGAAGCGAGCAUAGAAGGCAUUUAGCUUGUCUGGUAGGCCCGUGUCACUGGGCAGCUUGCGGCUGAUAGUGAUAGUUUGCAAGCCCUGCCACAUCUGAUGAGCGUCAGAGCGGGUGUAGUAGGAUUCCAUCUUUGUCCUGUUUUGACGCUUUGCCUGUUUGCGGGAUUUCUUAUAAGCGUCCGGAUUAGUGUCCCGCUCCUUGAAAGCGGCAGCUCUAGCCUUUAGCUCAGUGUGGAUGUUGCCUGUAAUCCAGGGCUUCUGGUUGUGAUAUGUACAUAUGGUCACUGUUGGGACGACGUCGUCGAUGCAUUUAUCAAUGAAGCCGGUGAGUGAUGUGGUAAAAUCCUCAAUGUUAUCGGAUGAAUCCCGGAACAUAUUCCAGUCUGUGCUAGCGAAACAGUUCUGUAGCUUAGCCAUUUUGUCGGACCACUUCCGUAUUGAGCACGUCACUGUUACUUCCUGUUUGAGUUUUUGCUUGUAAGCAGGAAUCAAGAGGAUGGAGUUAUGGUCAGAUUUGCUAAAGGGAGGGCGAGGGAGAGCCUUGUUUGCGUUACUGUGUGUGGAGUAAAGGUGAUCUAGAGUUUUGUCGCCUGUAGUUGCACAGGUGUCAUGCUGGUAAGAAUGAGGUAAAACGGAUUUCAGUUUCCCUGCAUUAAUAUCACCGGCCACGAAAUGCCGCCUCUGGAUGUGCAUUUUCUUGUUUGCUUAUGGCCCUAUACAACUCGUUGAGUGCAUUCUUAGUGCCAGCAUCAGUUUGUGGUGGUAAAAUAGACAGCUAUGAAAAAUAUUGAUAAAAACCCUCUCGGUAAAUAGUAUGGUCUGCAGCUUAUAAUGAGGUUUUCUAACUUAGGCAAGCAAAACCUGAGACUUCCUUAACAUUAGAGAUUGUGCACUAGCUGUUGUUAAUAAAGAGACACACCCCUCCUCCCUUCAUCUUACCCGAGUCUGCUGACCGGUCCUGACGGUUGUUUCAUGACUGAGAAAUACAAAGGACGUUACAGUUUAAAAAAAUAAAAAUCUGAAAUGUCUUGAGUCAAUAAGUAUUCAACCCCUUUGUUAUAACUAAAGACACUACAUGACCAAAAGUAUGUGGACCCCUGCUCGUCGAACAUUCUCAUUCCAAAAUCAUUGGCAUUAAUAUGGAGUUGGUCCCAGCUUUGAUGCUAUAACAGCCUCCACUCUUCUGGGAAGGCUUUCCACUAGAUUUUGGAACAUUGCUGCGUGGACUUGCUUCCAUUCAGCCACAAGACCAUUAGUGAGGUCUGGCACUGAUGUUGGGCGAUUAGGCCUGGCUCGCAGUCGGCGUUCCAAUUCAUCCCAAAGGUGUUCGAUGGGGUUGAGGUCAGGGCUCUGUGCAGGCGAGUCAAGUUCUUCCUCACCGAUCUCAACAAACCAUUUCUGUAUGGACUUGCCUUUGUGCACGGGGGUAUUGUCAUGCUGAAACAGGAAAGGGCAUUCCCCAAACUGAUGCAACAAAGUUGGAAGCACAGAAUCGUCUAGAAUGUCAUUGUAUGCUGUAGCGUUAAGAUUUCCCUUCACUGGAACCAUGAAAAACAGCCCCAGACCAUUAUUCCUCCUGCACCAAACUUUACAGUUGGCACUAUGCAUUGGGGAAGGUAGCAUUCUCCUGGCAUCUGCCAGAUGGUGAAGCGUGAUUCAUCACUCCAGAGAGUGCGUUUUCACUGCUCCAGAAUCCAAUGGCGGCGAGCUUUACACCACUCCAGCCGACACUUGGCGUUGCGCAUUGUGAUCUUAGGCUUGUGUGCGGCUGUUCGGCCAUCGAAAACCCUUUAAUGAAGCUCCCGACUAACUGUUAUUGUGCUGACGUUGCUUCCAGAGGCAGUUUGGAACUCGGUAGUGAGUGUUGCAACCGGGGACAGGCGAUUUUUACGUGCUAUGCGCUUCAGCCCUCGGCGGUCCCGUUCUGUGAGCUUGUGUGGCCUACAACUUCACGGCUGAGCCGUUGUUGCUCCUAGACGUUUCCACUUCAAAAUAACAGCACUUACAGUUGACCGGGGCAGCUCUAGCAGGACAGAAAUUUGACGAACUGACUUGUUGGAAAGGUGGCAUCCUAUGACAGUUCCACGUCGAAAGUCACUGAGCUCUUCAGUAAGGCCAUUCUACUGCCAAUGUUUGUCUAUGGAGAUUGCAUGACUGUGUGCUCGAUUUUAUACACCUGUCAGCAACGGGUGUGGCUGAAAUAGCCGAAUCCACUAUUUUGAAGGGGUGUUCCACAUACCUUUUCUAUGUAAUGUAUGUACAGUAUAUGAUAUGCUGUACAAAAAAUAAAAACACUUGCAGCCAACCUGCUUGCACCAAUCCCAUGCAAUUACAGUUAAAUACUGUAAAAUACAAACCCGCCUCCCCUCAAUGAAUUUAAUUCAUUAAUUUAUUCAUUACAAUUACCGUAAAAAGACUACAGUAAGAGUAUUGGUACCGUAAAACUGAUUACGGUAACAUGCUGUACUGUACAUUUACAGCAUUAUACUGGCAUCAGAAUUGCCAGCAAAUUACUUUAAUUAUAUAAUAUCCUACAGCUGUGUUGCUGUAAUGAUUACAGUAGGCUUGUUUACAGUAUAAUGCUGUAUUGUGUAAUACAGCACUGUUUUUCUUACUGUACAACAUGUUCAGCAUCCCUGCUGUAAAUCACAAUUACAGUAUAUAACUGGCAACUGCCAGUAUAAUGUUGUAAAUCUACAGGGAAAAGGUUGGUGGAGUGCCCGUGGAUCAACCUUUGUCACUCAGACACAUGGAUUUUCCUAUUUUGUACAAUACACUCCAGCAUAUGUCUGAAUCAAUGAAAUACUCAGUGAUUGAUAGUGAAUAAUAUCAAGGAAAAUCCAGUCAGAGUCAAGCUGGGGAUCAUUAAUCAUCAUCAGAUGAUUAUAUUUGACAUCAUGCAUGUUUGCAUGAGGAGAAUACAACAUAGGCCCAACCAAUCUUCAAGUAUUUUCUGAGUCUCUAUUGGGAUUUGUGUUUUGAGUAAAAAAUAGCUUUCUGAAAAAGUUUCAAAUUUGAAAGAAUCACGACUUCAUUUUACCCUCAGAGGACCGUUACUCAAGGAUUAGUAGCUUGAGUGUCCUCUCCCUCUCCCAGUACAAAAGCCUGCAUUUCUCUGGUCUGGGUCUAUUAUAAACCAAGGGGGAAAUCUUUGUUAAAAUGGAACAGAGGCACAAUAGAGCCAGUUUGGGCUGUUUCCCUUAGUUAUGUCACUGUAAUCUUUCUUCGCAUUGACUUUGCUGCUGCAGUGAUUGCCGUGAGUGACAUCAUCCCCUUCUGUAUAGCUGCAGAAGGAGACAUUCUCAGUCCUCAAUUAUUUACAAGCCAACCCUGAGCUCCAGCUUAACCAGACUGUCAGAGUGACACAACUAAGAUGGAAUGUUACAGUUUACACAAUGCAGUCCAGCACAAAUGCCUUUUAAACGUCUGUAUAUGAUAUACAGUCAAAGAAGAUUGCACAUUAUCUUGGAAUCCUGUCAAUCUUAAGAGAAAGCAAUCCUGAGUAAGACCGAAUGACAACUAUAGCAACCCUACCAACUGCACUGGUUAUUAUACCUUUUUGGCCUCAUUGCUUAUUUGCUGCAAUACAAAUACCUGGGCUGCUAAGAGGAGAGGGUGUUGUCAAGGUAAUCCUAGCGGUCACUCUACCUCUGAGUCUCGUGGCCUGAUGCUCCUAGAGUGAGAGCUGAGAGCCUUAAUAGUGCAUGUCAGUCCGGUUUGAGGAUCCAGUCUGCUCCAGCUGUGGUCAGUUUAAAGCUGUAUUGCUGCUAAUGCAUUGAGCGAGAGGAUAAUGCAGAUGUAGGAUCUUAAUUUGAUCACCAUGUUGCAGGAGAACAUUCCUGCAAUGCAGGAAAUAUACAACUUGUAGUGUAUUUGAGAUUUAAAAAGGCUUCUGAAGUUUCUAAUUUCCACUUUGACAUUUCAGACUUGAUUUUCCCUUAUGAAAAAUGUAUCAACCCCUGCAAAAAUGCCCAUUAAUUAUAAUCCAUAUAAUAAUUCACAUUUCCUGUUGCUGCAGGAUUAUGUUCCCGCUGUAGCAAACUAACUCAAAUUAAGAUCCUACAUCUAUACCAUACAAGGAGAAAGGGGGCUUAUUCAAAUUAUAUCAUACAAUAGAAACUGCUGAGACAUUUGUGUCUCAUUGCACCUGUAAUCUCUUUGAUUUUGUCUUGCCAAUAAACUCUAUUCUAUCGUAACAAGAAAUGUUCUCUAGAGUCACAAAUUCAAUGCAAAUCAUCUUGGUGUUUGUUUUAGUAUUUGCUCCUCUUCGACUCAUGCAUCAUCUCGCCAUAAGUCAGAUUCGUCUAACACACAUUCACACACUUAUCCAUCAGUAGGCUACUCUAUUGUCAUUCUCUAUGCAUGAUGCCCUGCAAGCUGUAGCUCACUUCAGUUCCUCAAUCAGUAUGAGUGAGCCACAGGCUCCAUUGUCGUUUUCGUUGCACUUGCAUUCAGUAGCAUCUAUGAAUCACAUUAUUAUUAUGAAUAAUAUUGACAUCAAAAUGGGAGAACCAAAGACACGGGUGGUUCCUAAUGUUGUGAGAUUCUCACUGGUGUUUACAGAACAACUGGUUCUGAGAGAUUAGGAUCAGGACCUGCAACUGUAACAGUAAGCAACUGUAACAAAAUGGAAGACUGCAGUGUAGCCUUUAUUAUAGGUACAUGUUGCAUGGAUUGCUAAGGCAUAAGAAUAUGAAAGUGUGUAUUCUUAUUUAAAAUGUAUGUAGUUUUGUACCUGUCUAUUAACGCUAUGUAUAAUGCUAUUUUAUGUAGUUCUGUCCUUCAGCUAUAAUUGUCUAUUAAUAUUACGUAUUAUUUCAUGUUUUGUGUGGACCCCAGGAAGAGUAGCUGCAGCUUUGGUUGUAGUUAAUGGGGAUCCUAAUAAAAUACUACUAAAAUAUUAGUAGGUUACUGCAAAUAAUUAAAUGUUACAGUGAAUGGUGUCAUAUACAGUAUAUUACACAAGGAUGAAGGUCAAUCUUCUUUUCUUGAAUUGAGGAAUAAAAACAUGGUAUGCACAGGUCUACAUUGUGUAUGCAUAAAUGGCCAUAUGGGCAUGCAGGCUGGUUUAUGUUAAAAUGGGUUAUGAGUGGGUUACAUGCGGGCUGGUUCACACAGGUUUAGGAACCGAUAGUCACUGCAAAACUGGAACGGAGGAGGAGACAACCUGAGACUUCCCCUUGAACGGUUGCUGUGUUCAUCUAUCUGUGUCCCACCCAUUGAUUUUUAUAUCCAUGUGAGCUGUGGUUUAUGGCAGGGAUGUUGUUUGUUCAGUAAUAAGCCAUCAUCACUGUGGGCCGCAGACCAGUCCCCUGGCAUCAGCCGCCCAGAGCUGUUUACCUCUCCGCUCCUUUCCUUUCUCUCUCUGUCUACUCCAGUAGGGUCCACCACUGCCAUGGAGACCUCUGCAUCCUGCCACUGUCCUUUGAGGAAAACAACUGGAGAUACCAGAGAGAAGGUACAAUACUUUUACGUUAAUUUAAUCAUGUGCAGUAGAUAUUCUGUCUCUCGUGAGGAUUGUGGCUUUUUGGGGAAUUUCCUGUGGUGCCUUGUUGCUAUUGUAACACUUAGGGAUAGCUAGGAUCCGAUUUUCCAGCUCCCCUUGGGUUGUCAUGGAAGUUCAAGAUUUUGAGAGAGUAUGAAACAUGCUCAAACAAGUCAUAUUAUAGUUUAGCCAAGUGUGACGUAAUUUAUCUGAUCAAUGAUGGAUUGUUUUGAAUUUAUCCUACAGAAAACGAUGAUGUUCAAAGAGUUCACCAAAGGAUUCUCUCAACUUUCCCUGAGAACCUCUCUCCGACGGAGACUUGGAAGAUACAACAAUGAAACCAGCAUUAGACCACUGAAUUUCACAAGGGUAAACCUAUACUAAAAUUGACUUAUAGAUAAUUCACUUAAUUCACUUAUAGAUAAUAAUGUAUUUACUAAUUAUUAACUAAUAUUAGACAACAUGAGAGCUGUGGUUUAUGGUAGUGAUGGCAUGUGUUUAGUCACUUACAGCUGGUGGCAGUUUAUUGUGGUUAAGCAUAGAGAUCCUCCUAAUUCUAUAUGGUUAAGAUCCAGUUUUAUGCUAAUUAAGACAAGACCAAUAUUUGGCAAGAGAAACUCAGACACCACAAACUAUUUUCAAACUGUGUAAUCUGCAGUGUAUUCAUUUCAUGUUUUGGUGUAUACUAUUGUCUGCAUGAAUGAGAAUGAUAUUGGUUUAGACAAGUGGGUAAAGUGAGACAAGGGUUUGUGCAGAGUGCACACACAUCCUCUUGUGGUCAUGUUGCUAUGGCAAGACUUCCUGUGCAGUCAGGAAGUGGCAGUCACUGCGAAGCAGGUAGGUUCAGAGAAGAACACUACCGGAACCCUUUUUCAGUUAUCUAUCAAUGUCUCUCUUGGAAUCUUUAAAUUAACUGAAGCGAUACGGCAAUGUUCAUAAUACAUAAAAACCUUGGAAUACCGAAUGGACGUGCAGUAAGUGGGCCUAGACUUGUUAGUGUGUUUUGUGAUUUGAUCUGUCUGUCUGUCUCGCAGUCUCACUGUCUAAGCUCUAAAGUCUGCUAAAGAGUAGAGGUUUUAUUCCAACUAAAAAUAUGUUACUUUAGAUGUAAAAUCAUUGUGUAUCUGGUUGUUGUUACCCUAAUCCAAAGCAGAUGUAUUCACUGGUCUAUGUUUGUGGUUACAGAGUCUGGCAGUGUCAGACGGAGGUGAGUUGAUACAUUCGUUUUUUUUUUACUGAACAUGUCGGACCAGACAGUAGACUGGACCAGACAAUAGAUGGUCUGCUUUCUCACAGUUAUACAUAUGGAUGGCCAGACACACACACACACACAUACACACACACACACACUUUCAGCUGAGUGCUUUGAGGAGCUGUAAAUCAGAGAUGUGUAUGAAUAAGUGAAUGGCCCUGUAGCACAUUGUGUCCUUCGCUCUCAACAUAUUCACACAUAUACAGUGCCUUGCAAAAGUAUUCAUCCCCUUUGGUGUUUUUCCUAUUUUGUUGCAUUACAACCUGUAAUUUAAAUGAAUUUUUAUUUGCAUUUCAUGUAAUGGACAUACACAAAAUAGUCCAAAUUGGUGAAGUGAAAUGAAAAAAAUAACUCGUUUCAAAAAUGUAUACAAAAUAAAUAACGGAAAAAUGGUGCAUGCAUAUGUUAUGAAGCCCCUACAUUAAAAAAUAACUAAAAAUUAUUUCACCUUUAUUUAACCAGGUAAGCCAGUUGAGAACAAGUUCUCAUUUACAACUGCGACCUGGCCAAGAUAAAGCAAAACAGUGCGAUAAAAACAACAAACACAGAGUUACAUAUGGGGUAAAUUUAGUAUUAACACUGGAAUGAUAGAUGUGCAAAAGAUGAUGUGCAAAUAGAGAUACUGGGGUGCAAAUUAGCAAUAUAAAUAACAAUUUGGGGAUGAGGUAGUUGGGUGGGCUAAUUUCAGAAUGGCUGUGUACAGGUGCAGUGAUCGGUAAGCUGCUCUGACAACUGAUGCUUAAAGUUAGUGAGGUAGAUAAGAGUCUCCAGCUUCAGAGAUUUUUGCAGUUCGUUCCAGUCAUUGGCAGCAGAGAACUGGAAGGAAUGGCGGCCAAAGGAGGUGUUGGCUUUGGGGAUGACCAGUGAGGUGUACCUGCUGGAGCGCAGACUACGGGUGGGUGUUGCUAUGGUGACCAGUGAGCUAAGAUAAGGCGGGGAUUUGCCUAGCAGUGAUUUAUAGAUGACCUGGAGCCAGUGUGUUUCGUGACGAAUAUGUAGUGAGGGCCAGCCAUCAAGAGCGUACAGGUCACAAUGGUGGGUAGUAUAUGGGGCUUUGGUGACAAAACGAAUGGCACUGUGAUAGACUACAUCCAAUUUUCUGAGUAGAGUGUUGGAGGCUAUUUUGUAAAUGACAUCGCCGAAGUCAAGGAUCAGUAGGAUAGUCAGUUUUACGAGGGCAUGUUUGGCAGCAUGAGUGAAGGAGGCUUUGUUGCGAAAUAGGAAGCCGAUUCUAGAUCUAACUUUUGAUUGGAGAUGCUUAAUGUGAGUCUGGAAGGAGAGUUUACAGUCUAACCAGACACCUAGGUAUUUGUAGUUGUCCACACACUCUAGGUCAUACUAGCCGAGAGUAGUGAUUCUAGUCGGGUGGGCGGGUGCAAGCAGCGUUCGGUUGAAGAGCAUGCAUUUAGUUUUACUAGUGUUUAAGAGCAGUUGGAGGCUACGGAAGGAGUGUUGUAUGGCGUUGAAGCUCGUUUGAAGGUUUGUUAACACAGUGUCCAAUGAAGGGCCAGAUGUAUACAAAAUGGUGUCGUCCGCAUAGAGGUGGAUCCAAGCGUCACCCGCAGCAAGAGCGACAUGAUCGAUAUACACAGAGAAUAGAGUUGGCCCGAGAUUUGAACCCUGUGGCACCCCCAUAGAGACUGCCAGAGGUCCAGACAACAGGCCCUCCGAUUUGACACAUUGAACUCUAUCUGAGAAGUAGUUGGUGAACCAGGCGAGGCAGUCCUUUGAGAAACCAAGGCUAUUUAGUCUGCCAAUAAGAAUGCGGUGGUUAACAGAGUCGAAAGCCUUGGCCAGGUCGAUGAAGACGGCUGAGCAGUACUGUCUUUUAUCGAUCGCGGUUAUAAUAUAAUUUAGGACCUUGAGCGUGGCUGAGGUGCACCCAUGACCAGCUCGGAAACCAGAUUGCAUAGCGGGGAAGGUACGGUGGGAUUCGAAAUGGUCGGUGAUCUGUUUGUUAACUUGGCUUUCAAAUACUUUCGAAAGGCAGGGCAGGAUGGAUAUAGGUCUGUAACAGUUUGGAUCUAGAGUGUCACCCCCUUUGAAGAGCUUGGCAGCUUUCCAAUCUCUGGGGAUCUCAGACGUUACGAAAGAGAGGUUGAACAGGCUAGUAAUAGGGGUUGCGACAAUUUCGGCAGCUAAUUUUAGACAGAAAGGGUCCAGAUUGUCUAGCCCAGCUGAUUUGUAGGGGUCCAGAUUUUUCAGCUCUUUCAGAACAUCAGCUGUCUGAAUUUGUGUGAAGGAGAAGCGGAGGGGCAUGGGCAAGUUGCAGCGGAGGGUGCAGAGCUGGUGGCCGAGGUAGUGGUAGCCAGGUGGAAAGCAUGGCCAGCCGUAGCAAAAUGCUUAUUGAAAUUCUCGAUUAUUAUAGAUUUAUCGGUGAUGACAGUGUUUCCUAGCCUCAGUGCAGUGGGGAGGAGGUGCUCUUAUUCUCCAUAGACUUUACAGUGUCCCAACACUUUUUGUAGUUAGUGCUACAGGAUGCACAUUUCUGUUUGAAAAAGCUAGCCUUUGCUUUCCUAACUGAUUGUGUAUAUUGGUUCCUGACUUCCAUGAAAAGUUGCAUAUCGCAGGGGCUGUUCGAUGCUAAUGCAGUACGCCACAGGAUAUUUUUGUGCUGGUCAAGGGCAGUCAAGUCUGAGGAGAACCAGGGGCUAUAUAUGUUCUUAGUUCUGUAUUUUUUGAAUGGGGCAUGCUUAUUUAAGAUUGAGAGGAAAGCACUUUUAAAGAACAACCAGGCAUCCUCUACUGACGGAAUGUGGUCAAUAUCCAUCCAGGAUACCCGGGCCAGGUCAAUUAGAAAGGCCUGCUCGCUGAAGUGUUUUAGGGAGCGUUUGACAGUGAUGAGGGGUGGUCGUUUGACCGCGGACCCAUUACGGACGCAGGCAAUAAGGCAGUGAUCGCUGAGAUCCUAUUUAGAGGGUAAAUUUGUCAGGAUGAUAUCUAUGAGGGUGCCCAUGUUUGCAGAUUUAGGGUUGUACCUGGUAGGUUCGUUGAUAAUUUGUGUGAGAUUGAGGGCAUCUAGGUCACAAAAUAAUCUUUAACACAACCAAAACAAACAGCAAAUGCAUCCAACAAGUUUGUAGAGUCACAAGCUUGAUGUAAUCAUUGCGUGAUAGGAAUAUGGAACCAAAUACAAAACUUUUGACUACAUUAAUACACAUAAGUGAAUUUGUCCCAAUACUUUUGGUUCCCUAAACUGGGGGGACUAUGUACAAAAAGUGGUGUAAUUUCUAAACGGUUCACCCGAUGUAGAUGGAAAUACCUUCUAAUUAAAGUUGACAUUCUGCACUUCAGCCUCAUAGUCACUGUUUCAUUUCAAAUCCAAAGUGCUGGAGCGCAGAGCCAAAACAACAACAAAAAUGUCCCUUUCCCAAUACUUUUGGAGCUCACUGUAAGUAGUGUUUACUGUUUGUCAAAGCUGAAGAAUGCACUGUCUAUUUGGUUCACCUGCCUGUCUGGCUCUGAAGUUCCAGUGUUACCACAAUUACUUCCUCCUCAAUAGCUGACAGUUGUAUGUGAGAAAAAGUCACGAGGGAGUUUCUCAGGACUUGUUCUCUUGUACAUUCAUCUUUUAAUUUCCUGUAAAUUUUCACAACUCAGUGAUUAGAUUAAAGUUUUCUGUAUUCAAAAUCACAUUACUAGGUUCAAGUACAGGAGAAGACACACAUAAUAUGUAAAAGUGAAAAAUGAUGAGUGAGCACAAAUAUCAUACCCCCCCCCCCCCAACAUUUUUUUUUGUAAUAGUGAAAAGUUAGCAUGUCUUGGGGGUAUGAUAUUUGUGCGUCUGUAACUUUCUCACUCAUCAUUAUUCAUGAUUCAUUCAGGAGUAUCCGUAACCAUGGUAGCAUCCACAUUAAUGUAGAAGUAUCUAUAAAAAUUAUAUUCUUAUUUACAAUAAAAUGGACUCCAAAAUGACACAAUACAUUAUUUAACAUUCAUUUAUAUUGUGCACAAAAUAAUCUGAAACACAAACAAAACAAACAGCAAAUGCAUCCAACAAGUUUGUAGAGUCACAAGCUUGAUGUAACCAUUGCAUGCUAGGAAUAUGGGACCAAAUACUAAACUUUUGACUAUUUUAAUACACAUAAGUGAAUUUGUCCCAAUACUUUUGGUUCUCUAAAAUGGGGGGACUAUGUACAAAAAGUGAUGUAAUUUCUAAACGGUUCACCCGAUAUGAAUGAAAAUACCCUCAAAUUAAAGCUGACAGUCUACACUUCAACCUCAUAGACACUGUAUCAUUUCAAAUCCAAAGUGUCACUGUCCCAAUACUUUUGGAGCUCACUGUAAGUAAUGUUUGCUGUUUGUCAAAGUGAGCCUGUCUGGCUUUGAUGUUCCAGUGUUACCACAAUGACUUCCUCCUCAAUAGCUGACAGCUGUAUGUGAGAGAAAGUCACGUGAGGGAGUUUCUCAGGACUUGUUCUCUUGUACAUUCAUCUUUUAAUUUCCUGUACAUUUUCACAACUCAGUGAUUAGUUUAAAGUUUUCACUAUUCAAAAUCCCAUUAUUAUGUUCAAGUACAGGAGAAGACACAGAUCAUAUUUCAAAGUGAAACGUACAUGCUAGUUUCUGUAUUACAUCCAGUACAGCCCUGUUGUUAAUGUCUCCAGAGCUGAAUGUGGUACCAGAGGAGCGUGGGGCCAGUGUGGGCCUGUGUUCCAGCAGUAACUCCAGUCUCCCCACUGUGCCCAGUGAUGGAGCCAGUGGUGUGGGGAAGGUGGCUAGCUGGGCUGUGAGCUUUGAGAGGCUCCUACAGGACCCAACUGGGGUCCUCUACUUCACGGUAAGACCUCAACCUGACUGUACACAAUCUUUCAGGCUUAUUCAUGAUGAGCUUUAGUAUACAGUGUAUUUGUGCUUGUGUGUUUAUGGGUCUUGUGUGUUUGUUUCAAGGAGGGCCCAUUGAUUUGAAGAGAUAACUGAAGUUAUUUUGAACACUUACAUUGUCAUCUAAAAGGAACGACAACGAUUUCUUUAGCAAAAAUCAAAAACAACAAUUACACUCUACAUACUGUAUCUAUAUACACAUCAAUUACACAAUACAUGAAAAGCAAACACAAAACAUUAUUUAAAUGAUAGCAUUUUACUGACUGGGAGACAAUACAAAGCUCUGCCACAAAGAUUGAUUGUCAAAUUGCCAAGAAUUUAAAGUGAGAAAGAGGCCCACGCAAGAGUCACUUUAAUAGUCAGAACCACGUGGGCGUCUGAUUUCCUCCUGAGGGCUGGAGGAUUUAUGAGAAAAAGAGAUGAGAUUCACCAGUCUGGAUUAUUAGGCCUGUGGAGAGCAGAGGAAUGUGUGUGAGUGAGACAGAAAUAUCAGAGUAAACAAUACCCAGCUAACCGAGAACAUUCCCAGGACAUUAGCUAACAUUCCCAUUAAGUUCUAGUUAGGGUUUUAUCUAACAUUAGGAUGACAACGUCCCAAAAACAUUCAAGUAAUGUUCUUGAUAACAAAAUGUUUUUUUUUGCUGAAAAUGUUUGAAAUGAAAUAUCCUUGGAAUGUUCUCCUAACAUUCACUAAAAUGUUGUGCACAACAUCUGUAACAACCAACAGAGAACAUUCCCCUAAGGUUCUUAUUAGGUUUCCAGGUGAUGUAAUUACAAAAUGUGUUCUGGGAAAGUUCUUGCAACAUCAGGUAAAUGUUUUAUUCAAACAUUGCAUAAUCAUCAGCACAACUAGACAGUUUUUGGGGCAACUUAAUGAAUGUUCUGGGAACGUUCUCAGACCAAUUUUGGUUUGCUGGGUAUACUGUAAGUCGAAUUUAAGGUAGUGCUAAGAUCCAAUAAAAACACUGUGCAAGAGGUUUCCAUCUUAAGAAACUACCCACAGUUUUCAGAGUCAAAACAGGCUGAAGAUUAUGCCUGGUGAUAAGGUAUUGUUGUUGGGUAAAGAUUGGUGACAGGGCUGUUUUUCUGCUUAAACCCACAGGCUUUCCUGAAGUCGGAGGUCAGUGCUGAGAACAUCUUAUUUUGGCAGGCAUGUGAAAAGUUCAGACAGAUCCCAGCCAAUCAGAAAGAGAAGGUACUUCACAGAUGAAAAUGGGUUUUGACAGCUUCAAGAUUACCCCAUGUGCUAUUUCUAAGAGGGGUCUCUAUCAGUCAGGGUUUGACCAUGUUCCUCUUCUGUCCAGUUAAAUCAGGAGGCUCGCUCCAUCUACAGCAGUUACCUCUCAGGCAGUGCCUCCCAUCCCAUCAACAUUGAUGACACAGUCCGCAUCGAGGAGCGGGAAGUGAGAAACCCUCACCCUGACAUGUAUCACAAGGCUCAACAACAGGUACACCACCAUGGCCACAUCAUCUACUAUACCAAGCCUCAUUAGAAAAUAAUGAAAUAUUCCUCUAUUAAGUACUCAUACAGUAGCAUGGUCAUCUUUUGCUGUGGGAAACAUAGCAGGAAAAAUAUGAAAUGCCAUGAAAACUGAGUUUAGUAACAAAGAUGGUUGUGUUGCCUGACUUGACAAAGCUUCCUCUCUCUCUCUCCCUCACUUCAGAUCUUCAAGCUGAUGAAGUUUGACAGCUACACACGCUUUGUUCGCUCCCAGCUCUACCAGAGCUGCAUGUUGGCCAAUGUGGAGGGCAGGCCUCUACCUGAGCUGGGCCCCCGCUUGAAGAGCACAGCAACCAGAAAGACUGCUGGGACUGACAUCCCCGCUCUUAGUAACAGACCCAAGGCUGACCAGAAACCCAAAGAGGUACUGUACACAAGGCCGACCCCAGGUAUAAGCGACAUAAGCGUACAAAAAAAAUAAUACAAUUGGAACUCAGUUGGGGUCUCAACUUACUGUUUGUUGAGAGUUAGAAUAGUAGAAUACAGAAGGUGCAGUUUCGAAAUUUGGUUGUGCAUCAGCAGUUUUCCUCUUGUUAUGUCAGUUGCUGACAGUCCCUCAAAUAGCCCAUAUCAGCCAAAACAUUUUAGAUCGGUAAAUUAGUCUAGCCAACUAUCUAAACUUGUAGUAAUCAUGUCCGAAUUAACGACCGGGUACAAAGGGCACGUGCCCAGGGGCCCUGACCUCCAGGGGGCCCCCAUUGAUUUUGUUAGUCACUCUCACUCAGAUAUCAUAUUAACAUGGCAUAAGUUAUGGCAAAAUGUGUAGAAUUGCAGGAAAUUAGCUGUGAAACUGAUAAAUGUUAUCUCCACCCCAUGGCAAAAUGUGUAGAAUUGCAGGAAAUGUACUUUAAAACUAAAAUGUUUAUCUCAGACGUCAAGAGGGAGGCCACUAAAAUGUUUUGCCUGCGAGGUGUGGGGCCCCUCAACCAUAUCUCGCUUAGGGCUCCCAAAAGGCUAGGGCCAGCCCUGACCAUACAGUACUGUAAAAAUGUGCUAUAAUGUUUGUGCAUAAACCAACGCAUCACUUCAUGACUGAGUAUUGUUCAUAGAAACCAAAGGUCAAACCAGGAAAGUCUCUACCUUUGGAUUUGGACGAGGGAGCAGAGAAGAGAAAAGGAGCUCCACAGAACAAGCUGACCAGUGAGAAAGGACGGGAAAAGAGGGGAUCGUGGGGAGGUAUAAUACAAUGGGGAUAGCAUUGGUUCAGAAUUUACAGUACAGUAUAUUACUUUUCUGGUCUGAUGAAUACCCAUUCCCUUAGCCGAGCUUGCUGACCAUGCUGCAGUCUUACAGAGCACAGCCAGGUCGGGGUCUCUCCUCAAAGCAGUAGAGGUGAGCAUACACACACCAAGCUCUAACUAUCACAUAAUUGUUGUCAACAUUUCACUUUGAAUUAACUUGUGCCUUUUACCCCCUUUCCCCCCAGCAGUUGGAGAGGGAGCGUUGGCGUGCGGGCCAGGCUGAGAAGUACUGCUGUGUGUUCCUGCCUGAUGGCACUGCCUCCCUGGCACCAGCCCGACCUGGCCUCUCCAUCCGCACCAUGCUCACUGGGCUCUGUGAGAAGAGAGGCCUCCCCCUCUCGGAUGUCAUAAUCUACCUGCAGGGCAAGGACAAGGUGAGCUUCAGUCAGAAUCGGCUCCUACAUGCAGAGCAGAGGCCAGCUGUGGAAUAUGUCUUACCCUAUGAGGUCCAGAGCCUGCUGGUUUUCUGUUCUACCUGAUAAUUAAUUGCACACACCUGGUGUCCCAUGUCUAAAUCAGUCCCUGAUUAGAGGGGAACAAUGAAAAAAAUGCAGUGGAACUGACUUGGACAUCCAGAGUUGAGCUUGAAGGCGUUAGAGUAAAUGUCAUCCCUGUUCAUCGGUUCUGUUGUAUUGUCAUCAUAUGUUAAGUUUGAACACUGACAGUUUUGUAGCUUCAAUUCAGCUUAGAGUUCCUCAAUUAUCACUACUCAGGAUAAAACCCAGAUGCAGACAGUUCGAAAUAGCAAAAGUCAAGAAAAUUGAAAUCUGCAGUGUAUAAACUUAAAAUGGCGAACAGGAAUGACAUUUACUCUAACAGGUGGCAAAGAAUAACUAUAGGAAAGCCACGCCUCCAAUAAGCCACGCCUCUAAUCUCCUGAUAGGCUGCCACCUCUACAAUAUAUUAUUAAAAAGGUUCAACAUUUAAUACCACAUUAUGAGUCAUAAAACCUGGAAAUGGUUCCAGUCAUUUUUCCACCAUUCAUUUUUCCCUCUGUGAUUUUAGAACUACUUCAUAUAAGGUCUGUGUUUCAUGUAGGCUUACCCUGGUAUGACAUUUAGAUAACUGCGCAAAUCUCUCUCGGUCGGACAAGGUCACUUUCAUCAAUAAUUAGCAUAGCGACUCAUCUUGUCUGAGAGAGAAUUACACAGCUAUCAAAUUGUCACGCCAAGGUAAGUCUACACCAAACACACAAUUAAUUCGAUUUUUUUGUAAAAUUCACAAUGUGAAAAAUAUAUGGCGGAAAAACAAUUGGAACCAUUUCUGUGUUUUUAUGGAUAUUAUGACACAUCCACUGUGGCGGACUAUUGAACCCAUCCCAUCACAAAAAGUUUCCGGUUUAAACUUUUACACAGGGGUUCCUCGAAGACCCUUUUCAGAGGUGUUCCUCAAGGAACCUUUUUGACCUGGAAAGGUUCCACUGGUGUGGCAAUUUUUAGAAUCCCAAAAGGUUAUUCCAGGCACCUUUCCUUCUAAGAGUGUAGAGUAUGUAACACAAUGGGACCCCAAGGGACCACAAUGGAAAUAAAUCAUUGACUUUAUCGUGUGUUUGAAUAUGUACUGUGUGUAUAUGUAUUUUUGUAAGUGGCUUAUAAAAUCAAUCAAUCAAGCAACCUCUCAUGCAGACGAUUGGUUUCACCCAAUAUGGUGUCUGUCUGUCAGACUCAGCAGCAUCUUAGUUGGAGGAGACUGGAGAGUUUCUAUGCCUAGUAUAGUUGAUGUACCUGUGCUAUUUAUUCACCUUCUGUUCUCCGGUCUCUCCCCAGAAGCCCCUCUCUUUGGAUCAGGACAGUUCAGUUCUGAAGGAGCAGCAGGUCUUUCUGGAGCUCAGGGUGACUUUUGCGUGAGUGUCCACAUCCUGAUAUUUUACAACAUGUCCACUUUUAUUAUCCUGUAAUGAAAUAAACCCUACAAACAAACAAAAUCAUACCAAUGCCAAGUUGUGUCUAUUUCUCAGGGUGGAGAUAGUGUCCACAGGGAAGACAGUGGGUAUUGUGGUAAAGUCCAGUAAGUCUCUACAGGAAGCACUGACCCCAGUUCUCCAGAAGCAACGUCUGCGACCACAGGAUGUCAUAGUCACCAUGGUGAGUCUAACUAUGGGACUGACUGUGACUUUCUAUGCUGUUGCAUAACCUAUAAACCCUCUGAUGUUUUCUCUCCAUACUCCCUUUUAUUUCAGAGUGGGAGCAAAGAGUCCCUAAGCAUGAGCAUGGCCGUAACCUCCCUGGCCAACAAAAAGCUAACACUGGACAGAGUGAAAGGCUAG